GGCUGCGUCUUUUUCAAAAAGCAAACCUUGAAGCAUUGCAAAAUGCACAAGUCGUCUUGAUCCUUCCUAGGCGGCAGCGAGGGCGCUCCCUCGAGGAUCCGUUUUUUUGGAAAGCAAUUGCUUCGGGGAGGUUUUUUUUUUUAAAUCGCCCAAACUGUCCUGCCUGGAAAGGUCUUCCGGAAGCCAUUGUAAGAUUCUCUUUUUUUAAUGUUUUGGGCGGGCUGGCGGGUCGACGGCGUGGGGUUAGGCAAGGUGCGGUGGUUGUCAUCUGCUUUUCCGUCACAAAGAAAGCAAAGAGGGCGCGUUCUUCUUGGAUCCGUGCUUUGAGAAACCCUUUUGCAGCCCAGCCUGAGCGCAGGGAAGCUUUUAAGGCAGCCAUCCUCUUGGUGGGGAUGCUUUUGGGAAGAGGACAGAUCUAUAUUUUCCAACAUCUAGGAUUAGCCAAUUGAAAUACAUUCCUGACUGUCAAGGGCCAGCACCCGGACUUCAGAAUAUCGACAGGCACUUAGCUGGAGCUUCUGGUUUCAGGACCAAGCAGCAGCCCCCCCCCUUCCCCCCCCAAAAGACAGACAUGAGUUCGGAAGCCUCCGGGAAGGUUCCACGCAUUGUCCAGGUGAUGUAUUUCAAGGAAGCCCCAAGACCGUCUGCGAACCAGCAGCCGGAGCAGAGUUUGCCCCAGGUGUGGGAAGCCCAGUGGCAACAGUUUCUCAAGACAGUGCAGCACUCUCACGCCGGAUGGGGCAUCCCACAGCUGACGGAUGCAGUGCCCUGGGACGAUACCAAAGCUUUCCUGGCUGCCUUUGAGCAAGUGGCCGAAGCUUGCCGGUGGCCUAGAGAAGAGUGGGUAGGCCGGCUGCUGCCAGCACUCAGGGGAGGAAUGGAGCAGAUCUAUUGCCGGCUGGAUGCCCGAGAGAGAGGAGACUACACGAAGGUCAAGUCCGCCCUCUUGCGAGGGGACGCCAUUCGGACGGAGUCCAAGCGGCAGCACUUCCGGAAAUGCUGUUACCAGGAGUUCGAAGGGCCGCGGCGGAUUUAUGGCCAUCUUCAGGACCUCUGUCGUCAGUGGCUGAAGCCAGAGCACCGCACCAAGGAGCAGAUCCUGGAGCUCAUCAUCCAGGAGCAACUUUUAGCCAUGCUGCCUCCGGAAGUCCAGAACUGGGUGCGGCAAUACGCCCCAGAAGACUGCGUUGAGGUGGUGGCCCUGGCGGAGGACUUCCUGAUGGGCCGUCAACCACCCAAGACGUGGGAAUGGCCGGGGCUUGCGAAUUUGAAGGAUAGGAGCGUGGCUUUGGAGAGGAGUGGCUGGACUACGGUAAAUGUUGAUCAAAAGCCAGCGCACUGGGAAAUCGCACACGGGAACUAUGGGAACGUCAGCAGUUCCGAAGGACUCUUGGCUCCCAACCCGGAUAUCUCCCAGCCUGAUCAAGAAGGAUUUAUCUUCUCCCAUAUCACUGAGACAGGGGAAACGAUUCCAGGUGUUAUUCCAGCAGAGAGCAGAGUUCUGAGUGAGAUCAAAAUAGAGAGCUUCGAGGAUGCGGAUUCGGAGGCGGGAGGCUCUUUUGACGCCAUGACGGAAGACUCCACGGAGGCCUUUCCGAGCCCCGAGGUGGGCGAAGAGAGCCCCAGGAGGAAGCUGCGCCCGAGGGAACCUCCAGGCAGGAAGCAGGAAGGACCCGUGCCACAAAGGACUCCAGUGCAGCUUCGCGGGAGGAAAUCCUUGCCGGCGACAAGCAAAAAGCAGAAAGAGAAGAAACACCAGUGCAAAGAGUGCGGGCAUCGUACUUACUACUUGUCGGACAUGCUGAGGCACAUGAGCUGCCACAACCCGAAAAGGCCCUACCGGUGCUCCGAGUGCGGAAGAACUUUCUCAAAGCUGGCCACUUUGGAGACUCACCAGAAGAUCCAUGCGCCUGCUUCCCGGCUCAGGCCUGGGAGAAAACCCUUAGGCCGUCCAGGAAAGAGCAACCACUUCGGCUCCAGGCGGGGAAGGAGACCGGCCACGGCUCCUGCCUUUGCCAAGCCUGCCGAUGUCCACUUAGAAGAGAAGCCUUUCCGGUGCCAGGACUGCGGCCAAAGCUUCAGGUGGAUGUCGAGCCUGUGUAGGCACUGGAGGAUCCGCGGCUGCCAAAGGAACCCAGGUCAUUUCAAGCGUGGAGCCAUCGAAGACAGGAUUGAAUCAAAAGAUGGGCUCGCAGCAUUGCUAGGGAAAUCCCCAGCUAACUUUUCGCAGGCCCCCAGGGCUUGCAAGGUGACGCCCGCCUCCUCCAGGCUGCGUCCCAGGAAGCCUGAAGUGGACCCCCCAGAAGCCUCCACAGGUCCAAAAGUGAAGAAGCACGUGUGCAAAGAGUGUGGGCGAAAAUGCACAAAGAUAUCAGACCUCAUUCAGCACAUGAGGAUUCAUACAGGCGAAAAACCCUACGAGUGCGAGAAAUGUCAGAGGGCUUUCAGAUGGUCAUCGAAUUUCUUGGCCCACCGGCGGAAAUGUCACGUGAAGAGACCUGCUUUCAGUGCCACUCCUGAAGACCACCAGGGGAUGGACACAGGCAAUGAACAACCGUGUGAAAUAAAAGAGGAAGACAUCAAAUCGGAAGAUCAGUACGGCACGUGGCCAGAAGAGAGCUCAGGGGGCCAGGCUUACGAGCUGAGAUCCGCAUUCACGGCGCAGCCCAGCGAGCAUCAAGAUGGGGGACAGGAGGAGGAGUCUGUCCCGCCCAACAAAAGUACUUUUUCCAUAAAAAGACCAACAGGCUAUACAAGAAAGAAGAGGUUCCCAUGCUUGGAAUGUGGGCGCAAGUUCCUGAGGCUGUCGAACAUGCUUCUCCACACACGAGUCCACAGUGGAGAGAAACCCUACGAAUGCUACGAUUGCGGGAAAACAUUCCGGUGGGCGUCAAACCUUUCGGAGCACAAGAGAAGCCACAGGUGCUGCCCAAAGGAGCCUGCUCCUAGCCCCGGUCUGGCAGAAUGUGACGUAAUACUGGAAGAUGAAGAAGAGUUGAUCCACAGUGUGGAGAGGAAUUUUCAGAAGGGCGGGGCGUUGCCAGAAGACUCCCAAGACGCUGCCUCUGACAGCACUGAGGAUUGUAAAAUCAGGGCCGCCUCAAAGCCCCAUCCAAGGAUGCGGGCAGGGAGGCGUCAGGGCAUGUCCGCUCAGUGUCUGAAAAUGGCCGCCAUCGCAAAGAAAAGCAAAUACAGCCAAAAGGAAAGAAAACACAAGUGUACCGUCUGCGGGCACAGAGCCUAUUACUUAUCCGACUUGCUGAGGCACAUGAGAGUCCACACAAGGGAGAGGCCGUACAAGUGCCUGGAGUGUGGCAAAACCUUCACCCAGAAUUCGGCCCUUCUUUUCCAUCAGAGAAAGGACAUGUGCGGCAGCAAUCCCAGCAACGGCAAAGGCCUGGCGAAGAGCGUCACAGCCCGCAAAGGGGAGGUAAAUCCCAGAGGCCGGAAAAGAACUCAUAAAUUAGCUGGCCUUGGGAAAGGAAAGCGGAGUUGCCCAGAGAGGGAGAAGCGCUUUGUAUGCGAGGAGUGCGGGCAAGGCUUUACGUGGAGUUCGAAUCUCUCCAGGCACCGGAAACUCCAUGGGCUCUUAAAUAACACACCAGAUGCAGGCAACAGGAAGUCGAACAAGAUGGUAGAGAAUUCAACACAGGCAAGAGCCACUCUGAAGAGGAUGGGCGGCACGUCUGCGGAAAUAACCCCCGGGGUCGCUUCUGUGACCGUCGUGAUUAAUGACGGAGGCUGGAAGUCCAAGAACCAGCCCGGUAAGAAACCGGCAGCGGGUAACGCAAAGGGAAACGGGGCGGCGUAUCAUUACGCUUCCGGACUCGCAGCUGCUGAGAAGGCCCGUGCCAAAAAGAAGCAUCAGUGCAAAUACUGCAACAAGUCAUUUGCAAUAAAAUGUCACCUCACUGACCACGAAAACAGCCACACGGGAGCCAAGCCGUACGAAUGCGACGAUUGCGGGAGACGCUUUGCUUGGAAGGCGAAGAUGUACCGCCACAAGAAGAUCCACACCGGCGUGAAAGCCUAUCAGUGCCCCGAGUGCGACAAGUCCUUCUUUCGGAAAGACGGCUUGAUGGUCCACCUGAAAUCCCACGGCUCCACCUGUGCGUACAAAUGCUUGCAGUGCGGCAGGCGGUUCAGCGAGCGGGAGCAGCUGUUCAGGCACCAGAAGAGCCACACGGGGCAGCACCCUUACGAGUGUGAGGAGUGCGGGCAAGGUUUUGGCCAGAAAGACAUUUGGAUCAGACACCAGCAGAAGCACGGAGGGAAGAAGCAAUAGGAGCGAGCCGAGGACAGAGUGGACUCACAAAGACGUUUGCAUGUGUUGUAAUAACUGCCUCGGCGCCCCGUCCGCUUCUGAAUUUGCGGAGUUUCCAAAACCCGUGUGGGCUCUCCCACCGUCAGGAACGCUUGAGCGGUGCUUCAAUGGCGUCGCCUGUUCUGUUCUUCGAUAAACUCUUCUACCAAAAUCCCAUCAUCCCUAAGUCUUGUGUGCUGACAGAGUGGGUUUUUGUGUGUUUUUUUUUUAGGGGGGGGGGCGGGAUUGUUUCCACUUCUGAGAAGUUGGCAUUUUCCUGAAGAUUCCGUAGUGCUUCAACAGCUGAGCUGAUAACCUAAGGAAAGCUCCCUCAGUCAGCGGACGCCAGAACCCUUAAAUUGUCAAUAGAUGGGGAGAUAGCGAACAUCACAGCCUGCAUUUACCUCAGCUUCAUCAUUAUCCCUUUGCCGGGAGGGAGAGGGCACAUGUGACAAAUUUUGCAUUUGCUUUUGUUUGAAUGCCAACCUUUGACACAGACAUCCCCCCCCCCCCAGUAAACACCCUAAUACAUUAUUCACAUUUGGCUUCUUUUUAACAUGGAGUUCUUCUGUCAGGAGGAAGAGUUCUUAGACAUCAGGGAAUUCAUGGGGAAGGAGAAGCUGUGGUUAUGGUCAAAAGGGAGGCCCUUGGACCUGAAGAGUUACGGCUCAGGGAAGAUGCUCGGGAACUGCAACCCACGACACACCAGGGAAUCAAUUUGAGAGAGGAAUCUUAUGGAUCACAAUAAGGCCCUGCCCCCCGGGCCAUGUGGAUUCUAAUCAUAGGUGCACAAUCCUUCCCCCCCACCCCAAUUUGGCCCCUGCGCACCUAGUUAAAACAGGGAUAUUAGUCUGGUCUGUACAUGCUGCCCCAUAAAAUGGUAGGGAGCAGAAUCAACUGUUACAUUAUAAAGCUUCUAUGGAGACCCCCUUUGCAGACUUCUCAUGAAAGAUGGUAAGACCCAGCCUUCCAGCUUCCAUGGGCGAGACGCAGGGCUUCUUUUGUAGCAGGAACUCUUUUGCAUAUUAGGCCCCACACCCCUGAUGUAGCCAAUCCUCCAUGAGCUUGCAGGGCUCUUAGUACAGGGCCUCCUGGAGGAUUGGCUACGUCAGGGGUGUGGAGCCUAAUAUGCAAAGGAGUUCCUGCUACAAAAAAAAAAAACCCUGGUGAGGCGUAUUCAGCAUUUGUUUUAUUCUAAAAGGGGAUUAGGGAGACAACCUUUUCUCCUCAUCCCUAUCUGCAGCACUCUCCGGGGGGAGGGUGUGUGUGGCAGGGUUGCUGUUAAGCAGUUGCAGUAGUUACCUGUGUCUUUUGGCUGGCCUUCCUGUGCCUGUAAGGUCAACAGGCAUCGGGACAGAAUGCCUGUCUCCCAUAUUGUGAACGAAGUUGCCAAUACACUUCUGCAAGGUACUGUUAGCCGGGGCUUUUUUUUUUGGGUAGAAGGAACUCCUUUGCAUAUGAGGCUGCACCCCCAUGAUGUAGCCAAUCCUCCAAAAACUUACAGGGCUCUUCUUACAGGGCCUACUGUAAGCUCUUGGAGGAUUGGCUACAUCGGGGGGGUGCGGCCUAAUAGGCAAAGGAGUUCCUGGUACAAAAAAAUCCCUGCUGUUGGUGUUCAAGAGCAGACCAGGAAGUUCCCCCCCCCUCCUUGGUUGAAAACCCCAAUGUGAAACUUCCACGUUCUCAGAACUUGAUUCCCUUUGGUACUUUUUUGACCUUCCUGAUCUCUCGACUUCCCCUUUUUUCCUUUUAUUAGGUAGUUUUCUUUUUUAAAAAAAAAAAUACUGUGAGCCUUCUUGGUUUUUUUUUUUUUUAGGUGUUUGUGAUCGUAGUGCGUUUUAGAUACUGUUAGGAAUAAUUCAGGGACGGUGGGAAAAGCUUUUGCCUGAGUAAUUCCUGUGUUUCAAGGUGCCGUGGAAAGCGCAGGAUCAGGGCCAGAUGAGAAGCUAUAUAUAGUCCUUAGUAGACCGAGGUGUACAUGCUAGGAUGAUCCUUUUUUUUUCUUUUUUUCUUUUUUACACUCAUUGAGCCACACAGACCUGUUGCUUGUAAUAAAAUCUGGCAUGGUUGGUUUAGUUUUAAUCAAUAAAUAGGUGUUUUACAAUCA